AAAUCCCUUUCUCUCUCUAUCUCUUUCUGCUUAAAUUUAAUCUAAUAUUAUCAAAUAAAAAAUCAAAUCAGUGAAAAUCACCACUCACUCAUCAUCAAUCGCUUACUGUUUGUUCUCUCUCUAAAAGCGCACUACACUGUCACCCCUAUCACUCCAUAACCAACGACAGAGAGAGAGACCUCUCAAGAAGUCCAGAUUUGAAUAUCUUCUCUCUUCCACGUUCUCUCUCUAUAUCUAUAUCUUGUAUGUACUGUACGACGAUAGCCAGUUAAGCGAAGGAUUAGAGCAGGAGAGAGUACUACUUUUUCUUUUUCUCUCUCUAGAUGUGAAAAUUUUUGUCUAUUGUUCAGUAGGAGUGGAUUUGAAACCCUAACAUUUGGAUCUUGGCGGCAUUUGGAUUUGGAUGUGAGAGGAGGGAGUGGGAAGUAGGGAGGAGAUCGAUCAGAUCGGAGGAUGGCUGAGUUUUCCGGCGAUGGAGGCGGGGUGACUAGCUGUGGCAAUGGUACUCCGACGGUGACGCCACUCACGGCGUCUGCGUCUUUCAAGGAAGGGGGAAGCAAGGGCACGUCGAGGCGGAGGCCAGUGAGGCCGAGCUUCGAUGCUGAUAAUGAGUUCAUUACGCUAAUGCACGGGUCGGAUCCGGUGAAAGUGGAGCUUAAUCGGUUAGAGAAUGAAGUCAGAGACAAGGACAGAGAGCUAGGCGAAGCACAGACUGAGAUCAGAGCGUUGAGGUUAUCUGAGCGCGCUAGAGAAAAGGCCGUUGAAGAGCUCACUGAAGAACUUGCUAAGAUGGAGGAGAAGCUCAAGCUAACAGAAUCGCUCUUGGAAAGCAAAAACCUUGAUAUCAAGAAAAUCAAUGAUGAGAAGAAGGCGUCCAUGGCAGCUCAGUUUGCAGCUGAAGCUACUCUUCGAAGGGUUCAUGCUGCUCAAAAGGAUGAUGAUAUGCCUCCAAUCGAAGCCAUUCUUGCCCCUUUGGAGGCUGAGCUUAAGCUUGCCAAGCAAGAGAUAGCUAAACUUCAAGAUGACAACAAAGCAUUAGACCGACUAACAAAAUCAAAAGAAGCAGCUUUACUUGAGGCUGAGAGGAUUGUCCAAGUUGCAUUGGCCAAGGCUUCAAUGGUGGAUGAUUUGCAAAAUAAGAAUCAAGAAUUAAUGAAACAGAUAGAAAUUUGCCAGGAAGAAAAUAAAAUCUUAGACAAGAUGCAUAGGCAAAAGGUUGCAGAGGUUGAAAAGCUUAGUCAAACUGUACGGGAGCUGGAAGAGGCUGUUCUUGCUGGUGGUGCAGCUGCUAAUGCUGUUAGGGAUUACCAACGGAAGGUUCAGGAGAUGAAUGAUGAAAGGAAAACACUUGACCGGGAGCUAGCCCGUGCAAAGGUAACAGCAAACCGAGUAGCCACGGUGGUAGCAAAUGAAUGGAAAGAUGCUAAUGACAAAGUGAUGCCUGUUAAGCAAUGGCUUGAAGAACGGAGAUUCUUGCAGGGAGAAAUGCAGCAACUCCGUGAUAAGCUUUCCAUAACUGAGCGAGCUUCGAAGUCUGAAGCUCAGCUGAAAGAAAAGUACCUUCUAAGGCUAAGAGUGCUAGAAGAGAGUUUGAGAGGAACUUCUAACAGUAGUAAUCGUAGUACCCAAGAAGGAAGAAGUAUAAGCAAUGGGCCUUCUCGUCGUCAGUCCUUGGGCGGAGCUGAUAACAUAUCAAAGUUUACCUCAAAUGGAUUUCUAUCCAAAAGAACACCAACCUCUCAGUUGAGAUCUUUGUCAUCUACUAGCAGCACAGUGUUGAAGCAUGCCAAGGGGACAUCGAAAUCAUUUGAUGGAGGCACAAGGUCAUUAGACAGAAGUAAGGCCCUUCUAAAUGGAGCUAGCCCAAAUAAAUCUUUCAACCAGUCUAGUGGGGGAAGUAAGGAUAGUGAGGCUUCUAAUACCUGGAAAGGAAAUGCAGAUGGCAAGCCAAAUGAGUUUCCAAUGCCAGAUGCAGAGGAUAGUGUGCCAGGAGUGUUGUACGAUUUUCUGCAGAAAGAGGUGGUCGCUUUGAGGAAAGCUGGUCAUGAAAAAGACCAAAGCCUCAAAGAUAAAGAUGAUGCUAUUGAGAUGUUGGCAAAGAAGGUGGAAACAUUGACUAAAGCAAUGGAUGUUGAGGCGAAGAAGAUGAGAAGAGAAGUGGCUGCCAUGGAGAAGGAGGUGGCUGCCAUGCGUGUGGAGAAAGAUCAUGAGAAUAGGGCUAAGCGAUUUGGUAGUACCAAGGGACCUGCCAACUCUAGUCAGCUGCUUCCUGGAAGAAAUGUAUCCCGAAGCGGGUUAACACGCAGCACCCAAUGACAGCUACACUUGGGGCAGCAGUAAGGAGUAAAUCUGCUGAGUAGGCGUUGUUCUUGGGUUCUUUUCUUCUACAUUUUUCUUUUUCCCUUUCCAUUCUAUGAAUGAUUAUAAGAUUGUAACUUGCAUGCCGAUGAUCCUGUGUUCACUAAGAAUUGGCGAAGAAAAAGAACCAAGUUGCAUGGAAGAAAAUUGGCGUGCUUCUGACAUAGACUGUUAUUCCUGUGCUAGAGAUCUGCAGAAAAGAUCAAUGGAAGAUGAUUUGACUUUGGGCUAACAUUUUGUAAGGUUUUUCUUUUGAGUGGUCAGUGAUUGCCUGGUGGUUGUAUAGGUAGCUUAUUGAGAUUUUCUUGUCUACCUUUUUUUGCAGUUUAAAUUUGUAUUAUGCAGGCAUGCAGCUAGUGUGUUGCGUUUUGUUAAUAUUCUUGUAACCAGAUAAAGAUGGGGUAUUUAUUGUUGUGUUAUUCAUCUAUAGUUUUACUGUUGGUUAUAAAUUCUGUUUAGCAGAAUUAUACAUCUGCUCUUGUUUU